CUCCAUCCAUCCCCCAAACCCAUCCCCUCUGCCCAGCUCCACACAGCCCCAGAACUGGGUGGGUUUGGGGUCUCCUUAGGGCCCCCCAAGGAGGGGGAGCUGGUGUGGUGCCUCUCUCUGGCUGGAGAACCCGAGCCGUGCUCAGCAAGAGGAGUCACAGAGGUGCCAAAAACGCGUUAAAGGCACUUUUCCUCCCCGGAGAUAGCCCUUAUCAGCUCUGAAAGAGCCUGGGUUUGGUCCCUUUGGAGCGGAGCCCCUCUGCUGAACGUUCUGCUCCUCCCAGUGAGAGCAGGCUGGCGUUUGAGCCAAGUGGCAGCAGUGACCCACGGUGGCCCACAAAGCCAUUUCCUGCCAUACAAGGCAGGCUGGUGGCCCUGUGCCAGAGGGGACAAUGAGGGAUGGUGGGGCCUGGCCUGCGAGCCCUCGUGUUCCUGUUUACUUGGAGCCUUGCUCCUGGAUCAGAGAGAUUGCCCCGGUUCCUUUCUCAGCCAUUUGGAGUGCAGUGCCAGGCAGCAGUGCCAGAUCCUGCAGGAAUCCUCCUCCUGCGUGGCUGCCUGGCAUUGGUGGCUCUGUGUCCUCAGUGGGGACCUUCCCCAGCCAUGCAGGGGGGGUCCCACCAGCUCUGUCACCCCCUGGAGGGACAGCAGGACCCGAGGCCACCUCCUGGGCCAGGGGCAGUGACCGCCCUGCUGGCCCUGUCCUGUCCCCUGCCAGGCCAGCAGGGUUCCAGGCUGAGCCCAGGGCUCCGUGUGUCCCUGUCACACGAGGGAAGGGACAAACAGCAGCGCAGCCCCGCAGCGAGGGAGGUGCCGCUGUUAUCUCGUCCUGCCUGCAGCCCAGAGCCCGACACACACCCUGCCUUUAUCAGCACGGCCCGCGGGCAGGGAGGGGCUGCGACAGCGACAGCGACAGGGGCCGGGCAGGGGGACAGGAACGUGGCACUGGGGAUGGGAGCAUAGCGCUGGGGACAAGAACAUGGCACGGGGGACAGGAACGUGGCACUGGGGAUGGGAACAUGGCACUGGGGACAGGAACAUGGCACUGGGGACAGAAAAGUGGCACUGGGGACAGAAAAGUGGCACUGGGGAAGGGAACGUGGCACUGGGGACAGGAACAUGGCACUGGGGACAGAAAAGUGGCACUGGGGAAGGGAACGUGGCACUGGGGACAGGAACAUGGCACUGGGGAAGGGAACGUGGCACUGGGGACAGGAAAAUGGCACUGGGGAAGGGAACGUGGCACUGGGGACAGGAACAUGGCACUGGGGACAGGAAUGUGGCACUGGGGAAGGGAACAUGGCACUGGGGAUGGGAAAGUGACACUGGGGACAGGAGAGUAGCACUGGGGACAGAAAUGUGGCACUGGUGAUGGGAAAGUGGCACUGGGGACAGAAAGGUGGCACUGAGGACAAAAAUAUGGCCCUGGGGAUGGGAAAGUGGUGGGGGCAAGAACAAGGCAGUGGGGACAACAAAGUGGCAUUGGGGUCAGGAACAUGGAACUGGGGACAGGAAAGUGACAUUGGGGAUGGGAAUGUGGCACUGGGGACAAGAACAUGGCAGUGGGGAUGGGAACGUGGCACUUGGGACAGAAAAGUGGCUCUAGGAAUGGGAAUAUGGCAGUGGGACAAGGACAUGGCACUGGGGACAGGAAAGUGGAACUGGGG